AUGGAAACGUCUUCACUCCUCUUUCUGUGCCUUGUGGCAACAUUUUCAGUCCGUGCUGUCCAUGGACGAACCUUAGAGGUCAGCAUCGAUGAUGAAGAGGACGUGGAAGUCUCGAUGGGGCUUCCAGGAAAGUGCUGGGCUUGCAAGUGGAUUGUAAACAAGGUGAAGAAACUUGCAGGACCAAACCCGACUGCAGAGAGCCUGAAGUCAAAGUUGCUCUCUGUCUGCGAUGGUAUUGGACUCUUAAAAUCACUCUGCCGCAAAUUUGUGAAGGUGCACCUUGGAGAAUUAAUUGAGGAACUCACAACAACUGAUGAUGUGAGGACCAUCUGCGUCAACAUGGGAGCAUGCAAGUCAAAGGAGUUGGAGCUGCUCUUUUAUGCAGAGAAUGGAGCUCCACUUAUUGACGUUAAAGAGCAUGACUAACUUUAGAUGUAUGAAUAAACAUUGAAAAAAAAAAAUCGCAGUAAUAACUGAGAAGACUUAGCUCAAGUAAUCAUUACUU